UGCUCUCUCUCUCUCUCUCUCUCUCUCUCUCUCUCUUCUGUUGAAAUCCGAGAGCCGUUGACGCCAUGACAGGGCGGAGAGAGAGAAGCUCCGGUCCGUCGAUCCGGGGGUCCCGGAUCGCAGUGGCGGUUGGAAUCGGUAUUUCCCUCGGUUGCGUCUUCGCGUUUCUCUUUCCCCACGGCUUCUUCGGUUCCGAUCCGCCGCGGGAGCACCAAAACUCCAAGUUCGCCCUACAGGUUAACUCGUCCCCAUGUGACACACCUGAACGGAUUAACAUGUUGAAGUCAGAGAUAGUUUCAUUGUCGGAGAAGAAUGCAGAAUUGAAAAGGCAGAUCCGGGAUCUCAAUAUGAAGUUUCAGUUGGCUGAGCAAGGGAAGGAUCAGGCGCAAAAGCAGUUUCUGGUGUUGGGAGAACAGCAUAAAGCGGGGCCUUUUGGUACCGUCAAGGCUCUAAGAACCAAUCCGACUGUCCUUCCUGAUGAAUCCGUGAACCCAAGACUGGCAAAGAUACUUGAGAAAGUGGCUGUGCAGAAAGAGCUUAUAGUCGCAUUGGCAAAUUCAAACGUGAGAGAAAUGUUGGAGGUUUGGUUCAGGAACAUCCAGCGAGUGGGCAUACCAAAUUAUCUGGUCGUAGCUUUGGACGAUGAUACAGAGAAUUUCUGCAAAUUGAAGGGAGUCCCGGUCUACAGAAGAGACCCCGAUGCAGGUGUCGAUUCCGUUGGGCAAAUGGGUGGCAACCAUGCUGUCUCAGGGUUGAAAUUCCGCAUCCUGAGGGAGUUUUUGCAGCUUGGUUACAGCGUCCUCCUCUCGGAUGUCGAUAUAGUGUAUUUACAGAAUCCAUUCAAUCAUCUGCAAAGGGAUUCAGACGUGGAAUCCAUGACCGAUGGUCAUAAUAACAUGACAGCUUAUGGAUACAACGAUGUCUUCGAUGAACCUAAGAUGGGUUGGGCCCGAUAUGCUCAUACAAUGCGCAUAUGGGUUUACAACUCCGGAUUCUUCUACAUUAGGCCUACAAUCCCAUCAAUUGAGCUUUUGGACCGUGUCGCUGAUCGGCUUUCCCGGCAGCCCAAGUCAUGGGAUCAAGCAGUGUUCAACGAGGAGCUCUUCUACCCGUCACACCCAGGUUACGAUGGGCUCCAUGCUUCCAGGCGAACCAUGGAUUACUAUCUAUUUAUGAACAGCAAAGUCCUGUUCAAGACUGUGAGGAACGAUGCUAACCUCCGCAAGCUAAAGCCGGUGAUCAUUCACGUGAACUACCAUCCAGAUAAGCUGCCGAGAAUGAAAGCAGUCGUGGAAUUUUAUGUGAAUGGCAACCAAGAUGCACUGAAACCUUUCCCUGAUGGUUCAGAGUGGUAGAAGAUUACAUUUCAGUUGCCACAUGCUAGAGUUUGUGGGCUUUUGCUCUUGAUACUCCAGAAGCGUUCAAAGCUUAUCGGAUUUCACCUUUUCUGACAGCGUUGUGAGCUCUAUCUUUCAAUUCCCACCUCACUUGAGAUUUGAAUUCUCCUAUGAAUUGCAUUACGCUGGAAUAACUUGCGUUACUCCAUGUAGCAGUUUGGUCAGUCCUUAGACGAGUUUUUACCUUCGAUUUACUUGUACUGCAGGAAGGUAUGUUGUAUCAUUUCCAGUCUGUAUUGAUACUGCUUGAACGUAGCUGUUUUGGGUUGGCACCUCAA